CCACCCAAAUUUGGCUGAUCUGCGGAUUCGUUGCGUUUAGGUGUAUCAGUUUGUUUCGUAUAUACACCACGGUUUGUUUCCGUUUGUUAUAAUAAUAUUAAUAUACGAUAUUAAAAAGCCUUUUUACGCGACAUUUUAAGGCACCAAAAUAUAAUUCUAAUUCAUUAACGAUAUAUAUAUGAAAUUAUAAAGAAAAAAUAAAAUUCAGAUGGCCAUCAUCACAUUAUUAUCAAAAAUUGAAAAUAAUAAUAAUGACUGAUUGAUAAUUAAUGGAUGACAAUGAUAAUUAAGUGAUUGUGAGUUAAAAAUAUAAAAAAAAUAUAUAAUUAUUUUUGUGUUUACUAUUGUGUUUAAUUAAGUGAAAUAAAAAAGAAAAAAAAGUGAUUCAUUUUGGAUUAGUGUAGUAAUACAACAGUGAUUGAAUAUUCAAGUGCACGCAUAAAUAUUUACAGGAUAAAUAGGUGAAGUGUAAUGUGUAGUGUACAAGUAAACAAGGAUUAAAUAAUUAUUGAUAUAAUAAUAUUAUUAAAACGGAGAAUUAUCAUCAAACAACAAUAACGUUUACCCCCAAUGAAAGAAGUAGGCACAUGUCAAUUUCUGCUGCUGAAAAUGCUGGGCCUGGCCCUGGGGACUUGCAAGACCCAUUGUGGGUUAAAAUGAACGCAAUCACUGGAGGUACUACCAAGAAGAGAAAGAAAUCAGAUGCCAAGCCACAGUCACAACUUAACAAGUGCCUUAAUGAAAAACGACGACGAACACAGGAAAAUUUAUACAUCGAUGAACUUGCCGAGCUGAUUUCCGCAACAGAGAUGAGCUCUGGCAAAACUGACAAAUGCCAAAUUCUCCAGAGAACAGUUGAUCAGAUUCGCCAUAUAAGACAACAAGAGAGUAACACUAGUAGUAGCAGUCAUGCUGUUCAACAAGGCGAAGUUUCAUCUUCUAAUCCUAGCAUAUUAUCAAAUGAUCAAGUUGGCCCAAUUUUACUCGAGGCACUGGAUGGUUUCUUGUUCGUUGUAAACGCUGAGGGUCGUAUUGAAUAUGUCACUGAUAAUAUAAGCCAGUAUCUAAAUUAUACCAAAGAUGAUGUACUUGGUAAUUCAAUAUACAAUAUAAUGCAUCAUGGUGAUCAUCAAAUAUUUUUACCAAAUGUAUUGCCCGUGCCAAUAGCAUGGCAGAAUGUUAGUGAGCCACAAUUGCCAACACGUAAUCGUACAUUUAAUUGUCGUUUUUUGGUCAAACCACCAGAUGACAAGGACGAAACUAUGGAAGAAAAACAACAACGAGUAUCAAAAUAUGAAACAAUGCAAAUAUGUUCAGCUUUACUUCCAAAUAGUAACAAUAGUAAUACUAGUAACAGUAGUAAUAGUGUUAAUAAUGCUAAUGAUCGUUUAGAAAGUGUUGAUGUGUCAUCUGAAUCAUCAGAUAUUGGUCCAUGUAUAAUGUGUGUUGCAAGAAGAAUACCAAUUAAUGAAAAACCAAUAAAUACAGCAACAAUACAACAAUUUACUGUUAAAUUAGAUACAACUGGUAGAAUAAUUAAUGUUGAUACAAGUUGGUUUUCAAGUUCUUACUCAAAACAUCUUAACAAAACAGAAAUUAUUGGUAAAACUAUACAUGAAUUAUGUCAUCCACAUGAUCUUGUUAAAGUUAUUGCUCAUUUAAAAGAAAUACUUCAUAAUGGUGAAGGAAAAAGUGAUUUAUAUAGACUACGAAUAAGUGCUGAUAAAUAUCUUAACGUUCAAACAAAGUCAAAAUUAUUUAAAGCAAAUGUUAUGAAUGGUCAUGAAAGUGAUUUUAUGAUGUCAACAUAUUCAAUUAUUGAAGAGAGUGACUCAAUGCCUAUUGAAGGUAGUCAACUUUCCAACAAUAAUAACAAAUUGUGCUCAGGACAUUCUGGUAAUAAUUGUGUUAAUAAUAGUAUUAAUAACGGUCAUAAUAAUAAUAAUAACAAUAAUAAUAACAAUAAUAACAAUAAUAUUAAUAACAAUGUGGGUGGUCCAUUUAUGUCUGUGGUACAUGUGAACGGUCAAGUGAAUAAUAGUUUAAAUACACGUGGAUUAUUAUCAAGUAACAAUAGUAGUAGUAGUAGUAGUACUAGUAGUAAUAAUAAUAAUAAUAGUAUAAGUACAAGUAGUGGACAACAACAAUAUAAUACAAGUGAUGAGUGUAAUAAUUCAACAACAACAACAACAACAGCAACAACUACAACUACUACAACAACAACAACACAAAAUAGUAAUCCAUUUCAACAAUAUACAAAUAGUGUUGAUUUGGAAUAUGAAUUAUUUCCAAAUUCAUCUUGGGAUUUAGAUAGUAAUAGUGGUUGUGGACCAAUUGAUAGACCAGAGUCAAGAAAUACAAUAAAUUCACGACCACCUUCACAGCCAGAUCCAACAUUAUCACCGUGUCCGCCUCAGUCAGGGUAUACCUCAAAUACAACAAUGACUGCUGGUGUUAAUGCAACAUCUGCUGCUGCUUCAAUGCAUUGUAAUCCAUCUCAAGCAUACAGUCCAAACUCAAUGAGUGUCAGUCAUUCAUAUGGCAAUACAUUUCCCUUUAGCCCAAUUCAAGAAUCAUCAUCAUCAUCUUCAUCAUCCUCAUCAUCAUUAUUAGCAAAUAUCAUUGGAGUUGAUAAUAAUAGUAAAGAUAAAACAACAUUACCACCACCACCAACACCUCCACUAUUAACACCAGCAGCAGUAACAACAGCAACAACAUCAUCAACGAUAAAUGUUGUAUCAAAUUCAAAAAAAAUUGUUAAUACAGCUUUACCGGCAUCUGAAAAAUCUUCAAUGUCUCCAGUAACACUUGCCAUGUCCUCAACUACUGGACCAAUUACGACUACAGCAUCUGCAUCAUCGUCAUCUCCUUCAUCAUCUACAACAUCGUCGUCAAUUUCAUUGUUAUCAUCAACAUUAUCAACGACAACAACGACGACGACGGCGACGACAUCAUCUUCAUCAACGGUGGCGUUGUCACCAUCGUCAACAGGAACAGUAACGACAAUGACAACAACACAAGCUAAUAAUUUAUUAUCAACUUCUGAAUCAACACAAAAUAACUCAUGUACAACUGGUAGUAGUAGUAGUGGUAGUGAUUCUGGUAGACUCAGAAAUUUAUUGACAAAAGGUGUUAGUGCAAGUAGUGAUGAUACUCAAGAUAUUACUGAUGAUAAUACUGCCCAAAAUGAAAAUAGAAUAUUAAAAAAUUUAUUAAAUCAACAAGAUGAUGAUGAUUAUCAUCAUCAUGCAGAACAUAAUUCAUCAAAGUCACGUUCCAAUUCAAAUAUUCCAUCAAAAUCAGAACAUUCAAAAUCAUCACUUGGCAACAAUAUGCUAUUACAAUUAUUAAAUGAAAAAAAUAAUGAAGAUGAUGAUACACGAGCUGGCAUGAAAAAACAAAAUGAACUGUUGCAACAAUUACUUAAAGAUCCAGAUGAUGAGAGAAAACAAAUGUCUGAUUUACAUUUACGUGAUGGUGAUUCAUUGCUUAGAAGUCUUGGCUUUCCUAGUACGAGUUUAUCACCAUUACAUCCAAAUAAUUAUGAUCAUAGUAACCAUACUGGAUUAUUAUCAUCACAAAGUAGUGGUGGCGGUGGUGGUGGUGGUCAAAAAAGGCCUGGUGCUGAUGGUGAUAUAAAUAUGACAAUUAAACGACAAAUGGAUGGUUCACAUCAAGUAUCAUCAUCAGGCAACAAUAACAUUAAUAACAUUAAUAACAUUAAUAAUAGUAAUAACAAUAAUAAUAAUUCAACAAGUAAACUUUGGGAAAAAAAUAGAAUGUUAGCAUCAUUGCUUGCAAAACAACCGUCUCAACCAACGAUAAUUCCACCAAUACCAGCAUCUGUGAUAUCGGCAACUCCACAGGACAAGUUGCCAAAUGUUGCUGAUCGGUUGAAACAUCAGCAAAAGCAACAACAACAAUUACAACUUCGAAAACAGCAACUGCUACAACAACAGCAGCAACAACAGCAACAGCAGCAGCAACAGCAGCAACAACAACAACAACAACAGCAGCAACAGCAACAACAACAGCAGCAGCAGCAGCAACAACAACAGCAAGAACAACAACACCAACAACAACAGCAGCAACAACAGCAACAACAGCAGCAACAACAACAACAACAACAGCAUUCAGGAGUCUUGCAAGUUGCUGGUAGUACUGCACCAACAAUUUCAACAUCAGCACGUGCUUUAUUACAAAAUCAAUCGAAACAACUACCUCGCCAAUCAGCCAAUAUCUACCUCAAUCAAAUGCUAAGUCAUGAACGACUUCAGUUGAGUCAAAUGGAUUCAGAAUUUGCCAGUAGUGGUGAUUAUCAUGGAUCUAAUAAUGCUAAUGAUACAAUACAUUCUCAUACGUGGGACAAUUUAUUGUCUGAUCAGGAUCCAAUAAGUGAUGAUAUAUUGGAUCUUGUUAUGGAUUUUAUACCAGAUCAAAUUAUUGCUGAUUUAUCAACAACUGUUAAUUUAAUGGGUGUCAUUGAGACACAUCAAAAUAAUCCAAUGAAUGAAAAAAUGGCUAAAAUAAAUGCCAUACAAAAAUCACUUAUGUCAUGUGAAACAGCUGUUAAUCCAACAACUUCCACUAUAACAAUGUCAACAACACCACCGGCAUACUCAACAGCAUUGGCUGGAUCGUCAUCAUCGGUGACGACUACUCAUAAUUAUCAGCCACCUCCAAUGUAUCAACAGCAAACAAGAGCUAGAUUUACAGCAGCCCAAGCUAGUAUAAGACAAGCAACCUCACAAUUGUACAAUCAACGACGUAAUAAUCACAUACAUACGCAACAACAACAGCAACAAUUGAAACAACGAUUGCUUCAACAACAACAACAGCAACAAUUAUUAAUACCAUCAAAUGCUACAGCUAUUGAUCAAAUAACAGCAGGCAUUCAUAAUAUUGAUAAUUUAUUAAAUAAUACUGUUGCACCAAAUGUAACAUUACAGCGAUCGAGUGUUGUACCAGAUGCACAAAUGUCACCAGGAUAUGGAAGCUCCGUCCAAUUAACAAAUACAAACCGCCUUUCCCACUCUUUUCCUCAUCCGUCAACAAUGCAGCAACAUGGACAACCAGUAUCAGGAUCAGCAGCAACAGCAAGAUUAUCACCUCAUUCACCAGCUGCAAUGCUGUCAUACUCCCAUUCUCAGCCACUAUCACCCAGAAUUAAUCAAGGUGGUAACUAUGGGAAUAGCCCUCGAAUGUUUAAUGUUAAUCAGGCACGUGGACAACAACAACAACAACCAUCAAAUCAACAGUUACAACAAAGAUCAAUGCCAUCACCUGGUACAACGAUACAAGCAGCAAGACAAUCAUUUCCUGCUGCUGAUGCAUUUCCUCCACCUGUAUCACCAACAGCAACACAAUUUACACCAGUACCAAAUAAUCAACAACAAAAUUCAACAUCAACACCGUAUACUAGAUUACAGCGAACACCAUCAGCACCAACAACACCAACAACACAAUUGUCAGGUGGAGUAGGCUCACCUCGGCAUUAUCAACAAAAUAUUAAGAAAGAACAGCAACAACAACAACAACAAGCUCUUCUUUCACCUAGUCAUUCACGUGGAGGUCCAACAAUACCCACACUUAAUCACCAUCGUCAUCAUCACCAUCACCACCAUCAUCAUCAUCAACAGCAACAACAACAACAGCAUCCGGGGCAACACAAUUUACCAAACAAUGAUCAUUACACAAAUCAACAGCAACAACAACAACAACAUUCUUCCAUGAUUUAUUGUAAUUCUGGUGGUAAUGUUAGCACAACACCAGACAUACAUCGAAACAAUACAUUUUGUUAUGAUCAAAAUACUGUACCUGUUUAUUCAUCUGGACCUGAGGACAAUAACAGGUCCAUGUCAUCUAGUAAUCAUAACAGUCAUCAAAUGGGUGGUAGCAGUAGUGGAGGAAUGACAUCAGAGUAUGUACGCCAAGAAUUGAGAGCAGUUGUUGGAGCAAGAACACAACAAAGGGUGCCAAACAUAAAUAUCCAAAAUAAUUUAAUUGGCCAAGUACCACAGGAUGAACUUGAAGCCCUUGGUUUGGCUUUUGAUAUUCCAUCGACAGGUGAGGCUGUGAUUAGUGAUGGCCCUGCCAAGAGCUGGGCCAUUGGGAGUGCUGGAAGCGCCCCCUCCUCCUCCUCCUCUUCCAGGAAUACUAUGGAGGAAACGGUGCGAGGUGAUCAAAAAUCAUCGUUGCUCCAGAAAUUAUUGUCCGAGUGACUUUGAAAUAGUUUUAUUAUUAUUAAAAAAUAGUACAU